AUGGGUGCUACAAACCCUACCCUUUCUGCCCUCUCGGGCCCGACAUAUGUCACUGCUCAGACCCUGAUCCAGCAGGUUGCAUACCUGCUCAGUGACAAGAUCUUCUCCUACUCCCCCGAGACCUUCGACCUCGAUACUGCCCUCCAGCAAUGGUCUUCGGCACAAGAAACCAAUGCCAAUGGAGAGUCUCCUGUGAUCAAGUCUUUGGAGACUCGCCAGGGUGCCGGAAACAUGGCCCUUGGUUACCUCUUCUCCCAGGACUUUGAUCUGAAGAAGCGUCAUGUCCCCCAGGGAAUUGUGGCUUCUUCUGCCACUCUUCCUUACAUGCGCUCUGCUCUUGAGCAGCUCUCUCUGCUGUACUCUGUGGCGAGCCCGGUGGCGGCCCACGUCGCUGCUGCCGACUAUGCUGGAGAGGAGGGACUCGUCUCUGACUAUUCCUCUGCCCUUUCUCUGGCUGAGGAACUCGGCCUUGGUCUCGUGUCUAGUGCCUCUGCCCACGAGUCCCAGCACAUGGCUUUGUUCACCACUCUGUUGGCUUCUGUCCUGCCAUCCAUCCACAUCUAUGACGGUGUCCGCGUCGGCCGCGAGACCACUCGUGUUAUUGAUGUCCUUGACAAGGAUGGUCUGGCCCGCACUUAUGAGACCGUUCGCAAGACUCUUGAUGAUUCUCGCAACCGUCAUCUUGAUGCCCAGGGUAAGGUUCUGGAUCUGCUCAAGACCCUGAACGGCGAGCUUGGAACCGACUACAGUGCCUUUGAGUACCACGGACACUCUGAGCCCACCUCUGUCCUGGUCGUCUUCGGUACUGUCGAGGCUACUCUCGCGGCACAGGUUGCUCGCUCCCUCUCCAAGACUGGUGUCAAGAUUGGUGUGGUUAACGUCCGCGUCUACCGUCCCUUCAUCGAGGAGGAGUUCCUGCGCGUCCUGCCUCAGUCUGUCAAGACUGUUGGCGUUCUCGGACAGGUUGCCGAUGAGCAGGCUGUUCAGGAGGAGAGUGUCCACUCUGCCCUCUAUGAGGAUGUUCUGGCCUCUUUGACCUUUGCCACUGGCCGUGAGCACGCUCCUGCUUGCGUCGAGCUCAAGUACCCUCGCUCCCAGACCUGGAACCAGAUCACCACUGCUGCUGCAUUCCAGCGCAUUUUCGAUACCCCCAUCCUCUCUGUUGACAGCGUGACCGACGAGGCCGCUCCUUUGCAGUUGCUGGACUCCACCGUCCAGGAAUACACCUUCUGGGAUGUUGACAACUCUGUUGCUGAGUCGGCCACUACCACUUUGAGCCAAGCCCUUGCUGCCGAUUCUGCAAGCAACGUCACCACCAGCAAAAUCCACGAUAACUUGGUCCAGGGAGGUGCUAUCCGCGUUGAUAUCCGCAAGAGUGCCAAGAUCGUUGACGCUCCCUACUCUGUUGCCGCUGCUGAUGUUUCCUACGUCGGAAACAUUGCGCUGCUUAACGACGUCGAUGUUCUUGCAUCUGUCAAGGACAAUGCUAAGGUCAUCGUGAGCGCCCCUGGCAUCAAGGAUGAGGAGCUCGAAAAGAAGCUGCCUGCUGCCUUCAAGCAGACUAUCGUUCAGCGCGGCCUCUCUCUCUUCGUCGUCGAUUCCUCGGCCCUUGAGGGUGAGUCCCUUGAUGCCCUUAUCCUCCAGGCUGCCUUCCUCCGCGUCGCUCUUCCUUCCCAGGAAGGCCUGGCCACAAAGAAGCUGGCUUCCAUUGUCGGCAACGCCGAAGCUCUGGAUACCGUCAGCAAGGAUCUUGACAAGGCCCUUCGCCAGAUUGAGAUUCCUGAGGCCUGGAAGGAGCCCGAAGGUGUCACCGAGGCGAUUGAGCUUCCCAAGGACAUCUCUGCCAACAGCUUCGUCUCCUUCGACAAGGAGGAGGCUGAGGCCCCCGUUCUUCUUCGGGACUGGCAGACCGCUGCGAAGGGUCUGGCAUUCAAGGAGGCCUUUGGCACCAGAAAUGCCCUUCGUCCUGACUUGGCGACCAAGACUUUCACUGUUCACGUUAAGGAGAACCGUCGUCUUACUCCCGUCACUUAUGACCGUAACAUCUUCCACAUUGAGUUCGAUCUUGGUAACACUGGUCUCACUUACGACAUUGGUGAGGCCCUCGGUGUCCACGCUGAGAACGACCCCAAGGAUGUCACCGACUUCAUUACCUUCUACGGACUGGACCCCGAUUCUAUCGUUGAGGUUCCCAGCCGCGAGGACCCCAACGUGUUCGAGAACCGCACUGUGUACCAGGCCCUGGUUCAGAACGUUGAUAUCUUCGGUCGCCCUCCCAAGCGCUUCUACGAGGCUUUGGCUGAGUUCGCCUCCGACGAGAAGGAGAAGCUUGACCUGAAGACUCUGGGUGGCCCCGACGGCGCCACUGAGUUCAAGCGCCGUGCUGAGGUUGACACUGUCACUUUCGCCGACGUCCUCCUUGAGUACCCAUCUGCUCACCCCGACUUCCACGAGAUCGUCCGUAUUGUUGGUCCCCUCAAGCGUCGCGAGUACUCCAUCGCCUCGUGCCAGAAGGUGACCCCCGACACCGUUGCUCUCAUGAUUGUCGCCGUCAACUGGGUUGGCCCCAACGGCAAGGACCGCUUCGGUCUUGCAACGCGCUACCUGAGCAGCCUGAAGGUCGGCUCGCCCAUCACCGUCAGCGUCAAGUCCAGUGUGAUGAAGCUGCCCCCCAAGUCUACCCAGCCCCUCAUCAUGGCUGGUCUGGGUACUGGUCUCGCACCUUUCCGUGCUUUCGUCCAGCACCGUGCUCUCGAGAAGGCCCAGGGCAAGGAGAUCGGUGCCGUUCUCCUGUACAUGGGAUCGCGUCACCAGCGCGAGGAGUACUGCUACGGUGAGGAGUGGGAGGCGUACCAGGAGGCCGGUGUCAUCACCCUUCUUGGCGCUGCCUUCUCCCGUGAUCAGCCCCAGAAGAUCUACAUUCAGGACCGCAUGCGCGAGAGCUUGGCUGAGAUUCGCAAGGCUUACAUUCAGGAGGAGGGUGCCUUCUACCUGUGUGGUCCCACUUGGCCCGUGCCUGACGUGACUGCUGUCCUUGAGGAGGCGAUUGGAGCCGAGGCUAAGGCCAACGGCAAGAAGGUUGAGACCCGCAAGGAGAUUGAGAAGCUGAAGGAUGAGGAGCGCUAUGUUUUGGAGGUGUACUAG